AUGAAUAUCUUAAUCCUCUUUUGGGUCACAUUUGUGUAUAGUUUUUUUGGAGUUUCAAAUUCCAAUCAUCUUCCAUAUGACGCUAUUUUCAACUUUGGUGACUCAAUUAGUGACACAGGAAAUCAAGCUUCUUUCUACACAGUGCCAGGCAAUAGUUCUUAUGGUUCAACUUAUUUCAAACAGCCUUCAGGACGUUUUUCAGAUGGACGCUUGAUCAUAGAUUUCAUAGCGGAGGCAUAUGGAUUGCCAUUUUUGCCAGCUUAUAAGACUCUCACCAAAGGCCAAGACGUCACGAAAGGAGUGAACUUUGCAUUUGCUGGUUCCACUGCACUUAAUUAUAAUAAUUAUCUCAAUAAAAGUAGAAUUCUUGUACCAGCAAGUAAUUACUCAUUGGGUGUACAACUUAAGAUGUUUAAAGAGUUUAGAAAUUCUACCUGUAAAAGCAAGAAAGAUUGUCGUAGCUACUUCAAGAAGUCACUAUUUUUAGUGGGAGAAAUUGGUGGAAAUGAUCUUUCUUCUCAUAUCUCACAAAAUUUUUCAAACUUUAGAAAUGUUGUUCCCUUAGUGGUUGCUGCAAUCACAAAAGCUACCACUACAUUAAUCAAAGAAAGAGCUGUAGAGAUAGUUGUGCCAGGGAACUUCCCAAUAGGGUGCGGUGCCUCCCUUUUGGCAUUGGCGACUGGCUAUGGUAAUAAGACUGAAAACUACGAUGAAUUUGGAUGUUUUAAAGCCUUCAAUACUAUGGUGGAGUAUUUCAAUGACAAACUAAUAUAUUCCAUAAAUACACUGAGAGAGAACUACCCUAAUGUCAAGAUAAUAUAUUUUGACUACUACAAUGCUGCCAAACGUUUAUACGAAGCACCAGAACAAUACGGCUUUGAUAAGAGUAAAACUUUAAAAGCAUGUUGUGGAGGUCCUAACACAACUGUUUGCUCCGACCCUUCUAAAUAUAUAAAUUGGGAUGGACCCCACCUUACAGAAGCAGCAUAUAGGCAAAUAGCAAAAGGACUAGUUGAAGGUCCUUUUGCAAAUCCUCCGCUUAAGCCAGCAUCCUUCAAAAUAGCUUAA